AGUGAUAUCUGCCGUUCGUGGUGGUUCCGGCGAGCGAGGAAGUCGCUUUGACACACAUUUUGAUGAGAUUAGGUUCGUCGGGAUCAGUAACAGAAGAUGGAAAAAAGCCAUCCCUCUUCCAAAUUCUCGUCUUCCAUGGCUCAGAAUCAACUUAUCGAUUCCCUCACAUCUCACAUCGCCCUCUACCACUCCAAUUCUUCUUCCUCCUCCUCGAUACCUAAUAAUCCUAGGUCAGCGAUCCUCCGAUGGUUCUCUUCUCUGAGCGUCCACCAGCGCCUCUCUCACCUCACCUUCGUGGAUCCCAAGUUCGUCAAAAUUCUGCUCCAGAUGCUCGGCUAUAUCCGCACCAAGGGCCAUGGCUCUUUCAUCAUCCUCCCAGACCUCCCUUCCCUCGAUCUUCCCAGUCUCUGCUUCAAGAAGUCUCGUGGAUUGAUCUCCCGCGUUGCCCUCUCCAACGCCUCUGAGCGUUCCCUUUUCGACUCCACCCGUCUCUUCGGUUCGAAACAAGGGGAAGAUUGCUCUUGCUCCCUCGACUCCGUCGUCAUGGCCGAGGAGCUUCUUACGAACGUGGAUCACUUCGUGGAGACUAUGGACGCUCUAUCCAAUGGCUCCUUCUUGAGAGGGGAAGAGACUGAUCUGGGCUCCUCGGAUUGGGUUGAACUGGAGUGGCUCAAAGCCAAAGGCUAUUAUACCAUGGAAGCCUUCAUCGCUAAUAGGUUAGAGGUAAGCUUGAGAUUAGCUUGGUUGAACACCUCCAAUGGGAAGAAAAGAGGAAUGAAACUCAAAGAGAAAUUGAACGCUGCUGCUGCGGCUGCUAAUGCAUACUGGAGGACCAAAGCAUGUGCUGACUGGUGGCAGAAUCUGGAGGCCGCCACACACAAGAAAAUCUGGACCUGCUUGCUCGGCAAGUCGGCAAAAUCUGUGAUAUAUGAGAUUCUUAGAGAAGCAAAUCAAGCAUCCCAGGAAGAAAUGUGGCUCUUCAGUUUUGGUGCAAGGGAAUGCCCUUCUGACAUGCUUUUGGAACAUACCUCUCUAUCAAGGGGACCUAAUGCCAUUGCCACUAAUCUAAGUGCCUUAUACGUGCUUCAAGAAUUUGCUUCAUUACUAGUCUUAUGUCAAAAUGGCUUACUUUCAGUACAAAGUGUAUUCUUCAGCUCAUUGGCUUCUCUCCCAACCUUGGUUGAUUGUAUAUUAAGAAAACUGCGGGGUUUUCUUAUGGUAAUCUCGGUUGAUUCUGUUAAACGUGAGCUUCUUGAAGAAUAUACUCCAAAGUGUUCCAAAAGUUCGUCUUCCAAGCAGAGUUCUGGUUCAACCAAACGUAAACACAAAGGAAAGUCCGGGAAUAUGAAAAAGCCAACCCCUGAGGCUAAAUCGGAUAGAAACAUAAAUUUGUCCGCCAAGAAAGAUCAAGCUAAGUUGGAAUCUCACAAAAACAAAGAUGCGGUAGAAUGCAAGAAAGCUCCUACAUCAUCAACAAUGAUCAAUUGUUCUAAGGCCUCUGCAGCAAAUAUGGAAGCUGUCCCAGGAUUGGUUGCCGACAAAGGAAGAGCUAAAAAGAAAAGGAGAGACAAGAAUAAGAAUAAGAAUAAAAAGUGUACAAGUUUGGAAAACACCAGGGAAGUGAAUGAGUCCGUAUUGAAUAGUUCAGCCAUCGAAAAAGCUCCCGAAUGUGAAUCAAAUUGUACUUCUGCCAAUCAGCUUCCUCAGGAGCAUAUAGAUGCUAAGAGUAUUGGAGUUAGCUGUGAUAGGAAUGGUUCAAGGGAAGGUGCAUCUGGGAAUGAUGCAGUUAAAUGUGAGAAUUCUGGAGAGGAAGAAUUGAACGGAAAAGCUGGAACGUGUGUGAUUUCAUCAGUUUUGACUUCUACAGAUUCUGCCGGUACUUCAAGCUGUGAUAACGUGAACUCUCAAAAGUCUUGCUGUCCAGGUGAACGUAGAGACAUAUUGUCAUCGUCUAAUGGACGAUCCAGAACUCUGGAGGAAGGGGAAUCCCAGCGGAUCCACCAUCAGAGAAGAGAAGCAGCAGGCUAUGGUAUUGCCUCCAGCAGUUCAGAAUUUGUUUCUUAUGAGUGGCCUGCUAUAGCACCCAUGUACUUUCCACAUCUUAAUUCUCACCUUCCAACUGCCACUGAUAGACUGCACCUUGAUGUUGGUCACAAUUUGCAUGCAUAUGUACGCCAACCUUUCGUGUCAACUGUUCAUCAUGCUAGGAAUCUUUCUAUUGAAGGUACCCACAAACAAGUUCUUCCUCGACCCAUGCCCAUGAGUCUAGAUUGGCCUCCCAUGGUUCAUAGCAAUUGCGGCUUGACAACAGCAUUCGCUUGCAAUUAUGAUUCUGGAAUUCUUGUGGACAUUCCUGAACAGAAAAAUAAGCCCGAGCCAGGGAAUGAAUGCGAGAAUAAUUGGAUGUUGGAGGAAGAUUUUGAGAUGCACACUGUUUCUGGAGUAGACUAUAAUCAAUAUUUCGGUGGUGGAGUGAUGUAUUGGAAUCCUUCUGAACAUCUAGGGACUGGCUUUUCUCGCCCUCCGUCCCUUAGUUCUGAUGAUAGCUCUUGGGCUUGGCAUGAAGCUGAGAUGAAGAGGUCGGUUGAUGACAUGGUUGCGUUUUCGUCUUCUUACAGCGCAAAUGGACUAGCUUCUCCAAAUUCGGCAUCCUUCUGUUCCCCUUUUGAUCCCUUAGGCCCGGCAAACCAGCCUCUUGGUUAUGUUGUGCCAGGUAAUGAGAUAUCUACUAAAGUACUGCAAGCUCCCCCAACAACAAGUGAAGCUCCUGCAGGUGAAGAGGAGGUCUCUGGAACUUUGACUAGUUUAUCUGGGGAUGUUGAAGGAAAUUCUGGAGACUCUUUUCCUUAUCCGAUUUUGCGGCCUAUCAUCAUCCCAAAUAUGUCGAAAUCUGAAUACAAGCGUAGUUAUGAUACCAAAAGCCCAAAUGUUCCACCUACAAGGCGCGAGCAUCCUCGUAUAAAGCGACCACCAUCACCUGUAGUACUAUGUGUUCCACGUGCUCCUCGUCCACCACCACCUUCACCUGUGAGCAACUCCAGAGCACGGCGAGGUUUCCCAACUGUGAGGUCUGGAAGUUCAAGCCCAAGACAUUGGGGAAUGAGAGGCUGGUUUCAUGACGGUGUAAACUGGGAAGAACCUUGUGGAGCGGAGGUUGUUUUACCCUGGAGGAACAAAAGCCUUGCAGUCAGGCCAAUCAUUCAACCUCUACCUGGGGCCCUCCUUCAAGAUCACUUAAUUGCAAUGUCGCAACUAGGCCGAGACCAGGAGCAUCCUGAUGUGGCCUUCCCUUUGCAACCACCCGAGUUAUUGAACUGUCCAACGCAAGGGGAAUCUCAAUCAUUGAUACACGGUCUUCUGAAUGACGAGAUAGAUUCUUUCUGCAAGCAGGUUGCUGCAGAGAAUAUGUCCCGCAAACCUUAUAUCAAUUGGGCAAUCAAGCGGGUUACCAGAUCUCUCCAAGUUCUGUGGCCCAGGUCUAGGACGAACAUAUUUGGCUCAUCUGCAACUGGUUUGGCCCUCCCUUCGAGUGAUGUGGACCUUGUGGUUUGUCUUCCUCCAGUGAGAAACUUGGAACCUAUCAAAGAGGCAGGAAUUUUGGAGGGUCGCAAUGGUAUAAAGGAGACAUGCCUUCAGCAUGCAGCCAGGUAUCUCGCUAAUCAAGAGUGGGUAAAAACUGACUCCCUGAAGGCGGUUGAAAAUACAGCUAUACCAAUUAUCAUGCUUGUUGUGGAAGUCCCUUGUGAUCUGGUAUGCAGUAUUCAGUCACCAAAAGAUGGCCCAGACUGUAUCACCGUUGACCAAGACAGCAAUAGUAACACUGAUAUGGUUGGAUUUGAAGACUCUGCAGCAGCAAACUCUUUACCGACAAAGGCUGGAAACUUGGCAAAUGUAAAAUGUGUCCGUCUUGACAUCAGUUUCAAAACGCCAUCGCAUACGGGUCUUCAAACCACACAAUUGGUGAAAGAUCUGACAGAGCAAUUUCCAGCUGCCACACCACUUGCUUUGGUGUUAAAGCAGUUUUUGGCUGAUCGUACCCUGGAUCAAUCAUACUCCGGUGGAUUAAGCUCUUAUUGCCUGGUCUUACUGAUUACACGUUUUCUUCAGCAUGAGCAUCAUCUGGGGCGCUCUAUCAACCAAGUACUUGGUUUUAUUGUUUGCCUAUUCUGUAACACAAAACAUUGGGCGGCUUCUAAUGGAUUUUCUUUACUUUUUUGGUAAUGUUUUUGAUCCUCGGCAGAUGCGUGUCUCAGUGCAAGGAAGUGGUAUCUAUAGGAAUCGGGAGAGGGGUCAUAGUAUUGAUCCGAUACACAUCGAUGACCCUCUUUUUCCAACAAAUAAUGUUGGGAGAAAUUGCUUCCGUAUACAUCAAUGUAUUAAGGCAUUUUCUGAAGCGUACUCUGUUUUGGAGAAUGAGCUCACAUGCAUUACUAGUUCUAGUGAUUCGUGCGAAAAACAGCUAUAUAAGUUACUUCCAAAAAUCAUCCCAAGUAUCAUUUCAGCAUAGGAAUCGACACGGUGUUUUAUGUGGUGUACAAUGUCUGGAAGUUGCAAAAUGCUGAUUGAUAAUGGCGAUGAUUGCAACUGCCUUGGUUAAUUGCGGAUUCGAGGCUGGGAAGCUUACUUACACGAGUCCAAAUUGUUAUUGAAGAUAGGCCUCCUCCAGAUUUGCUUACAUUGUGUUGUUGAUGUAAGAAAACUACGUGGCUUGGUCAGCAGCCUAACCAACCAAGUAAGAAAAUGCACUGGUUGAAGCGAAAGAGCCGUAUAAAUGUUUCAAGACUGGGACAGACUGACAACACGCCUGAGCGGGAGGGGGGAAGCUUUGGGAGAAUGGUUGAAUCACGGUUCUGAUCUGAGGGAUGAUGUCGCAAUUUUAGAAAACUAGUGAUACCGAGGUAUGGUCAAGCCUAUGAAAUUGUUAAUUGUUGCGACCGUUUCUUCAUUUGAUACCCACUGAUAAUAUUGGGGUGAAUCGAAGCCUAUGUCUAUAUGUAUGAUGGCCACGUUCCUUUUGUUCCUUCUUUUGCCAAAAAAAUAAGGAGAUAAUUGAAUACA